AUGGGUGUGAACUCUGAGGAUGGCGGCAGCGGCAUUUCUUUUCUCGAUAGUUUGCUGGUUGUCAAGGAAAUGAGCCGAGUCGAUCCCGCCGUGGGUCUGAUGGUGACCGUACAUAAUCACUUGGUCCUCGGAGCGCUUAACCGCUUUGGAACAAGUGAACAAAAGGACAAGUUUCUGCCAAUUUUGAGUUCAGACACAGUUGGCUGCUUCUGCCUAGGCGAGGACCAUAGCAACAGUGGCAGCAGCAGCAGCUUGUUUGAUUUGAAGUGCACGGCCACCCGCGACGCGGAAAAAGGAGGAUGGGUUAUAAACGGGAAGAAGAGAUAUGUUUUGAAUGCGAAAGAAUCGGGGUUGUUUCUAGUCGUCGCUGUUACUGGUGCAGAUGAGGCAGAAGGACAACUAACUUGUUUCCUAGUUGAGAGAGAAGGCAUAAAGAUAGAAACAGAAACGGCGAAAGCUGGAUCGCAGGCGUCUUCUGUUUCUGAGGUGUCCCUUAAAGGCACAUUUGUGCCAGACAGCCACGUCUUGGGGCCCGUGGGGGGAGCGAAAAAAAUAUGCGAUGAGCUUUUAAUGGACAGCCAAAUUGGAGUAGCUGCGCAGCAGCUGGGGCUAGCCGAGGGCGCGCUGCAUGUCGCUCUUCCCUAUCUGAUAGAAAGGCGAAAAAUAGAUGAAGAUGCAAAGAGCAGCUACAUUAAAUACGAAGUAGCCAAGGCAGCAGCAGAAAUCGAGUCUGUGAAAGCGCUCGUGUACUAUGCCGCCUCCCUGCGCACAGCAGCCGCACCAGCAGCAGCAGCGGCAGCAGCAGCAGCACGGUAUAAAGCAGCUGCUACUGCUGCAGCGGUGUCUAGCAAGUGCGUGGAUCUCGUGGGCCCUUCGGCACUCAGCAAGGAUUUGGAGAAGUACUACAGAGAUUCCAAAUCCACAGCUUAUGACCUCUGCGGUGAGGAGCAGCUGCUGCAGCCCAUCUUUGAAGCUCUCAUAAACGAAUACAGUUGA